CGUCACUUCCUGCCUCCUCUCUCUUCCUUCCAUCUUGCUCGCGCAUGUGUCUGCUGUUAGUGUACAGGUCAGUGAGGAGCUUUAAAUACCUUCUUCCCUGCACUGUUUCCCCUCGAUACGUCAACCAGAGAUGAGAGAAGCAGCCAUGAAUCAAGAAAAACUUGCUAAACUGCAGGAACAAGUCCGCAUCGGCGGAAAGGGCAGUGCUCGCAGAAAGAAGAAGGUCGUACACAGAACAGCCACCGCAGACGACAAGAAGCUCCAGUUCUCCCUAAAGAAACUCGGUGUCAACAAUAUCUCUGGCAUUGAGGAGGUCAACAUGUUUACAAAUCAAGGAACAGUCAUCCAUUUCAACAACCCCAAAGUGCAGGCCUCCCUCGCCGCCAACACCUUCACCAUCACCGGCCACGCUGAGACCAAACAGCUGACUGAGAUGCUUCCGGGCAUCCUGAACCAGCUGGGAGCAGACAGCCUGACGAGCCUCAGGAGACUCGCUGAGACUCUACCCAAACAGGCUGCAGAUGGAAAAGCGCCAAUCGCCACAGUAGAAGAAGAGGAUGAUGACGUUCCAGAUCUGGUGGAGAACUUCGAUGAAGCAUCGAAGGACGAGGCUAACUAGAGGAAACGAGGGACUCCCUGAAGUGUCAGAACCUGACAGGACCAUGAGGGGAACAAGAAGUUUUUCUGUCUAUUUGAAGAGGUGGAAAGUUAAAAAUACCUGAGAGGAAUCUGCCAACAUACAGCGCUGAGCGAUCUGUAUUAUGUCCAACAUCUGAACAAAGUACGUAGGUACUCUUAAAAUGAAUAAUUCGAGUCACUUUCUAGAACUAGAACUAAGAGGUAUUAAAAAGCAGAGGCAGGAGUUUUGAAACGUGAGGAAUUUUAGUGAUGAUUCCACCUCCGUGUCCAUCAGACUGUGUAAAUGCUUGUUGUGCUCUGUGGUCUGUGUGUCCACUUAAGGAGAGGGAUGUGUAAAGUGUGUUCCUGUUGUACAUCUGUUUCCUCCUUGUUACUGAACCUUAACUGUCUGUGGCCUCACUCAAACCACCAUAUCUGGAAUAAACCUUUGCUACUGUCGAUACAC